AACUUUAAUUCAAAAGUUCACACUCUCACACUUGUUUUUUCAAUUUAUUUUUCCUCGCUCCCCUUGUCUUUUCUUUCUCUCUCUCUCUCUUUACUGCAUUUUGAUUUCAAAAACCCUAGCUUUCACACUCAAACUUGUAUUUUCAAUCCACUCUCCCCUUGUCUUCUCUCUCUCUUCUGUUUCCACUUACCAGCUACUGUAUCUUGAUCUCAAAAACCCUAGAUUUCAAAUCUAGGGUUUUGUUGUUUGUCAGAGUAAGGUGAGAGAGAACCUGUGAGGUUGUUAGCUUUUUGGGUGGUUUAGCUUCCGAUUCAACUGCACAUUUCUGAUUCAAAAAAUUGAGCGGAGCUUUGGGUUUGCAAGGAGGAAAUUAGUUGUUGCUCUCACCAUUUUGGUAUUUGAAUCACAACACUUCUUGCUAUCUUUGUUCUGAGAGAUAUCUCGGGAAAACCCUCGUUUCAAAGUUUCCAUCUUUGCGUGUUUUCAGGGCUCCACAAGUUUUCACACCCACGGCCCUUGCUUUCGAAGUUUCAAUUAGGAGGGCAUACUCAAAUUUCUUGUCAUUACUGCAACAAUUUCAUCGGAAGAGGAAAAAAAACCCUUGUAAAACCCUUUGGUUGGAAUUCCUUUUGUAGGGUGGGUGGUGAUUUGUAGCCUGUAUCUCACUUCAGGAUUUCGGUUUAAAGGGGAGUUUCAGGACCCCAUCUUUAGUCGCCUAAAUUAAUGAGCUUCUACUGUUAUCUUGCAUUUUGUUCAGUUCCAUAUUCGGUUUAGAGGGUUUCAAACCCUGUUUUCACCGCCAAAUCAACGCAGUAAAUUGGUCUUGAACUUGUGCCAUUUUUCUUAGUAAAUGCAUGGAUGGGAGAGAAGGCAUGACAUUGUCUGGUGGAUCAUCUUCAUAUUACAUUCAUAGAGGAGGGAUAGGUGGGUCAGGGUCCGGAUCACAAGCUGGUGCAUUGCAUCAUGCUCCUGGGUUCAGAUCCUUAUCAAAUCCUAACCUCCAGCCUCAGUCCAAUAACCGCGCUGCUUCUGGGACUGCAUUUUCCAUAGAGCCUUCGCCACAUGCCAAUUUUGGUCAUAACAAUGUUGGGUUGCCACAGGGCAACCCACCGGUGAAGAAGAAACGGGGAAGGCCCCGUAAAUAUGCCCCAGAUGGGCAAGUUUCUUUGGGUCUUUCACCCCUGCCGGUUAGGCCUAAGCCAUCUCCCGGGUCAGACCCUAUGACCCCUAAAAAGGGUAGGGGGCGACCUCCUGGGAGUGGGAGGAAGCAGCAGUUGUCACUACUUGGUGAGUGGAUGAACAGUUCAGCUGGUCUAGCUUUUGCACCACAUGUAAUCACCAUUGCAGUUGGAGAGGACAUUGUUUCGAAAAUACUAUCAUUUUCCCAGCAAAGGCCUAGGGCUGUGUGCAUUCUUUCUGGCACAGGCACAGUUUCUUCAGUAACACUGCAUCAGCCAGCAUCUUCAGGGCCCUCUCUCACAUAUGAGGGCCGUUUUCAAAUAUUAUGCUUGUCAGGUUCCUACUUGGUCGCUGAAGAAGGUGGUCCUCGCAGUCGAACUGGUGGCAUGAGCGCCUCCCUUUCUAGUCCUGAUGGUCAUGUCAUUGGUGGUGCAGUUGCAAUGCUUAUCGCGGCAAGUCCAGUUCAGGUGGUGUUGUGCAGCUUUGUAUACGGUGGUUCCAAGGCCAAGGAUAAACAAGUGGCCGCUCCGAAAGAUGAGGGGGAGCCGGCACAUCGACCUGGUGAUAAUUCAGUCACCCCAAAGUCAGCUGUACCAACUAGCAUGCCAUCUCAAAAUUAUAACCCCUCUCCAGUGAACACUUGGCCUCAUUUGGGGCCAGUUGAUCAGAGAAAUCCCCAUGCUGGUAUCGACUUGACUCGUGGAUGACUUUUCUGCAACAGACACAUGGUAGGGAUUGUACAUAUGUGUUGUUGUAAAUGCAUUGAAUUUGUCGAAAAAUUAAGAACUUUAAAGUUCCUUGUCUGCCCAUUUUGGGGGGUAAUGAGCUUGUGCUAACAUAGUUUACGAGAGGAAGUAAUCAAAUUGGGAUUCUAAGUUAACAUUGAAGUAACCAUACGGAGAGCGCUCUGCAUGGUAUGGUGGUCUGCAUUACAUUAGUUUGUAGCUAGUAUUCAUUGCUUGUACCAGUAUAGUGAUCUGCUAUCCAACCAGAUUGUGUGUGGUAUUUGCUUCGAAA